AUGAGGCUGAUAUUGCUCACCUUAUUCUUGAUUGCCGCUGUCGAUGGAGGCAUUGUAGACAAAGUGAAAGGAGUGUUCUCCGGUGAAGGCAGUUUCGGACAGAAACUAAAGAAUGCAACUAUCGUUGGAUUCAAGAAGCUCUUCGAAAACACGGCACUGUUCAAAAUCCGCGACAAGAUCAGAAGUAUGAAGGACAAGGUUUUGAAGACAUUGGAGUUAACACCAAAAAUGAUGAAAUCGCUCGAGGAAAGGUUGAAGAGAUUGCGACCCAUCAAGAAGGAUAAAGUCGCAGAGAAAGGAGACUCCAUCACUGAGGUCAACGAAUACAGUCAGGUUGGCCAGGAUCUCUACCAGAGCGACAUGGUGCUAACAGAGGAGCAAGCCGAGGAGAUUGUGCAAGAUAUAGAAGAUGAGGUUGCCGGUGAAAAUCGCGCAAAACGCCAAGCGUUCAAGGAUCAUAGAUAUCCAAAUAUGUUAUGGUCAGAAGGAGUGAAUUAUUACUUCCAUAAGCUCGCAAGUAUGUGUAAAAAUGUAGCGCUUGUUGGAAAUGGGCAAAAUACAAACAAUGUGAUCAUUGAAGGCAGGCAGAUGAGAAGUUCGUUUGAAAAAGGAGCGAAGCUAUGGGAACAGGAUACUUGCAUCAAUUUCACACGGAACCCAUUCGCCAAAGAUCGCAUCAUGGUAUUCCCGGAAGAUGGAUGUUGGUCUUACGUGGGAAAGCUCGGCGGUGAACAGAAACUGUCACUGGGACGUGGUUGUGAAACGGUAUCUAUCGCUGCGCACGAGCUGGUCACGCUCUUGGAUUUCUUCCAUACAAUGUCCCGACACGAUCGUGACGAGUUCAUCACGGUAAACAAGCACAAUAUCAAGGUAGACUGGCUAAGUCAAUUCAAUAAAGAAACAACGAAAACCAACGACAAUUACAACAUGACAUACGACUACGGCAGCAUUAUGCACUACGGCGGAACUAGUGCAUCGUUCAACAAAAAGCCAACAAUGGUUCCGUUCGAUAUCGACUAUCAGCAAACCCUUGGGUCUCCAUUCAUUUCAUUCAUCGAACUUUCAAUGCUCAAUGAACACUAUGGAUGCAAAGAAAACUGCAACAAAGCCACAUCCGUCAAAUGCGAGAUGGGCGGAUUUCCUCACCCACGAGACUGCCAGAAAUGCAUCUGUCCUGGUGGUUACGCUGGACCCCGAUGCACUGAGAGACCAUCAACAGGGUGCGGCGAUACAAUUAAAGCUUCGCCUAAUUGGACGACACUUGAGAAUACUGUUGGCCUUGGCCGUGACGAGCAAGAAGACUUUGAGACAUGUCACUACUGGAUUGAAUCUCCUAACGGAACCGAAAUCGAAGUGAGACUUGUGAAUUUCACAAAAGGUCUUUCUGUUGACGGAUGCAGUUACGCAGGUGUAGAGAUCAAGACCAAUGAGGACCAAACGCUCACUGGUUACAGAUUCUGCUCACCUGACGCGGCUGGAACAAUUCUUCGUUCUUACAUAAACCGUGUCCCAAUAAUGACAUAUAACAGGAUUGUCAAAACGACGACAGUGCUUGAAUACCGACACGUUCCUGCAAAUUCACCAAGACCUACGACUUCUACCACCACUACUACUACAACUACGACAACAACAAGGCGACCUGUUCCGUUCAUAAACAUACAAACCGACUCUAAAUGCGAGGACAACCAUUCGUAA